GGCGGAAGUGGCUGCAUAUUGACAGCGGGUGAUGUGACCAGGCGCUACAUGGAGCGUUACUAUAGCAACGCACAGGCGGGGACUGAGAACUGGCAGUCCAGUUCCGGUUUGACCAUUUAAAGGGACAGUGCCUCCAUUAACAUGCUGCUCCCUAUCCCUGCCUUCAUUAUCCAGCUCCAGGACAUGGUUAGUAUUUAUCCAGGCAGGACCCCCCAGUCACAGCUACAGUAACAUGAAUGGCAAUAACACAUGGUGUGGGUUAGAAAUAAAAUCUCCAAGCCCCCCAGCCUGCCUGUGUUAUCCUAAAUCUCACAAUGUGGGUCUCAAUUUGCUCUAAUUCCAAGUUUAGUUAAUUUUUAUUAUUUAUAUAGCGCCAUCAGAUUCUGUAGCGCUGUACAGUGGGAAUUAAUAAACACAGAUUGUGUUUUGCGUUUCGAGUUAGAAUUUGAAAUGUAAUUUUAAAUUUCCCAUUUUUCGCCCGUGUGUGUUUUAGGGGAGCCCGGAUGUUCCCGUGUCCGCCCUGCUCACUUGGCGUGUCCUUAGUCUUCGAUGAUAAACCGGGAAAAACAGAAUAAAACAAUGACUUUGAAACUUAGUUUGUAAUUUGGACAGUAUUAUAGCACAAGGACAUCAAUAUUAAUAACGCGUAAUUAGAUAUACUUCAUGUGACCCUCAAUAAUUGGAUCUUGUUUUUGUUUUUUUAGCCCAGAAUGAAUUGGGUGCUCUGAAGACAUGGACUGGGAUCAGUUGGAUUUAAGCCCUCGGAUCUCUGCAGCGGUUACUAAAGGUUGUGUAAGAUAUUUACCAGUUUCUCUGUGACAGAAGUGCCCAUGCUUUUCUUUCUAACGGUUAACAUGUAACCGUUAAAGUCAUCAAACAGCUGAUGAGCUUUUAUAUUUGACAACUUGCUAUAAUACUUUUUUUUUUCUUUUUCAGAAAAUGUUACCAAAAAGCAAUAUGACAUCUUUUGUUUGUUAGCGGUGGCGAUUAAUAGAGUUGACUUUUUCUAAAUUGUAUUUUAUUACACUUGAUACUAGAGUCUGAUUUCUAUGCACUUCACAACCUUAAAGGAACUCUUAACGCACCAUAACCGCUACAGCCCUGUGUAGCGGUUAUGGUGCUAAGCGUUCCCUGGUGCCCCCUCCCAGUAUAAGUAGACAGACCAUUUGAGAACAAUUUCACCACAUUCCUGGUGUCCACUGGACUACCACCACUUUGCCUUAUCUCCAGUUAGCAGCUCUUGUACUGAUCUAACCCAGCGGUGCAGGGCAAAAUUAAUUGGCUGAAUGAACUCAGCUGUCACUCUAAGACUACGAGCUGGCCCUGGAUAGGCUAAGUGGAGUUAAUAUAAGUUGAAGCCCACAUACCGUUGAUUCGGCUCGCUUCCAGUGCGGCUGUGUCACCGAAAGUGACAGGUGUAGAGAAUUUUCACUGGGUAGGGUUUUUUGAUAGAACACCUGUUCCAUGGGAAGACUAAAUCCUGCAACUCAUCAAAUCCGCCACAACUUUCAGAGGAUUUGCAAUAUUUCAACUAAAAUAACCCAAAUAGUAAAUAACUUUCGCACAGAUGUUAUUGCAGUUUGGUUAUAAUGGCCUAAAAUUUGAAAAUCCCUGCGUAAUAUAUUUUUCCAAUAUGAAAUUUUGUUUUGACAAGUAAGAGCGUACACCAUGUAGAUUAUAACCCAUUAAUAUGGAUAGCAAUGCAUCUGUGAGUGAUAAGUGGAGAAUCCACUGCUGUAUACAGAUGUACGUAUAACAAAGAUCUUAAAAGUCUACAAAUCAUUUAUUAAAUUAACUUUGAGCCCCUCUAAAAUAUUGUUUCCAGCUGAAAUCCACAUUGUUAAAAUAAAACAGACAAUAAAACAGGUUUAGCAUGGUUUGUGGUGUAAUAGAUGGCCUUUUUUUUUUUAAUAAUUCACAUUUCUUUUCUUAGGUAAUCUAAAAUCUGCCCAAAAUGUUCUUACGUUUUCUGUCCCAGAGCUACAAAAGUUGACAAAACUUUCCGUUGCUGAUGUCCGUCUCUUACAGAAGACUGUAGCCAAUGCUCUGCGGAAAAAUGAAAUGGUCACUGGUAAAUCUUUAUUAUUUGCACUUUUAUAGUAAGCUUCCUAUUUCAUGUAAAAUACAAAUAGUUUCCUCAAAUUGUGGAAGUACAUUGUAUUUAAAGGGACACUACAGCCACCCAGACCAUCUCAUUGAAGUGGUGCUUGUGCAGUAUCCCUGUCCCCUUAACCCUGCAGCUGGAAACAUUACAGUUUCAGAGAAACAACAAUUUUUUUCAAUGCAGGGUGAACACAGCCUCUAGAGGUGCUUCCUGGCUUUUCACAGAGUUUGACCCCGUGAAACGACACUGGACGUCCUUACAAUUUGCAUGAGGAUGUCCAGCAUCUUUUAAAUCUCCAUAGGAAAUCAUAAAUUCAAUGCUUUUCUAUGGGGAAGGCCUAACACGCAUUAGGUUCCGCCUUGUGAUGAUGUUGGAGGAGGCGAACAUACACUCAGCACCGAGGGACCUCAACGCUGGUUUAAAGGACCACUAUAGUGCCAGGAAAACAUACUCGUUUUCCUGGCACUAUAGUGCCCUGAGGGUGCCCCCACCCUCAGGGUCCCCCUCCCGCCCGGCUCUGGAAAGGGGAAAAGGGGUUAAACUUACCUUUUUCCAGCCGCCGGGCGGAGAGCCUCCUCCUCCUAUCCUCCUCUUCUCCCCUCCCCGCUGGUUGAAUGCCAUGCUGCAAACAGCCGCGCUACAAGAUUCAGUUGGUAGGAAAGCAUUCAUAAUGUUUUAUGGACGCUAUGCGUUCUCACCGUGAAAAUCACAGUGAGAAGUACGCAAGCGCCUCUAGUGGCUGUCAAUGAGACAGCCACUAGAGGAAAUAGGGGAAGGCUUAACCCAUUCAUAAACAUAGCAGUUUCUCUGAAACUGCUAUGUUUAUGAAAAAAUGGGUUAACCCUAUCUGGACCUGGCACCCAGACCACUUCAUUAAGCUGAAGUGGUCUGGGUGCCUAGAGUGGUCCUUUUAAGGUGAGUGUUUAAAAGGUUUUGAACCCUUUGGUAUGCGGGGCACAAAGACACUAAAGUGCUAGGAAUACAACGUCCUUUCUCUAUAGUGUUCCUUUCACUAAAGUGCAAAUGUUAAAGGAUCACUACUUAUGGUCAACAGCAAUGACCAUAGUACUCAUCAGCCCCAAUACAUACAAUAAAAACCAAAAGUGUUACCUGCACUAUCCCAAAUCCCUAUGCACAUUUAAAUAAUUGAAGGGUUUUUAGGCAUCACUAGCACUUUAAAGGAUCACUAUAGGGUCAGGAACACAAACCUGUAUUCCUGACCCUGUAAUGUUAAAACCACCAUCUAGCCACCCUGAGCCCCUCAUGCCUCCAUAAAUAUAGCAAAAUCUUACUGUAUUCAAGCCUGAAGCUGUAGAUCUGCAUGCGGUUUGCCUCAGAAAAAGCACUAGGCUGUAAUGUAAACAAAGCCAGUGUUUACAGCAAAAAACCUGAAGGUAAUGAUUCUACUAACCAGAACAAAUUCAAUAAGCUGUAGUUGUUCUGGUGACUAUGGUGUCCCUUUAACUUAACUUACAUAGUUAUUUUAGUAUCUGCAGAGUUAACCGGAGUGGUUUUUAGAGCUAGGAAUUCAGCUUUAACCAGUAAAGAAGUAAAUAACAAAACUCUACUUGCUUCUUAUUUUUCUGCAAAUAACAAAGUGCCACUUUUUUUUUUUUUUUUUUUGAAGGUCGCAUUCCAACAUGAACACUGAAAUAUAGUCUGUGAUUCUAGAUUGUCAUUUAGAGGAAACUUUAAUGCUAUUAGUGAAAAGUAACCAAUUUGUUCUAAAUUAUCCUGCUUUUUAUACAUUUUUAAACUCUAACAAAUUGUUACUAUAACUGGGUACCAGAAGACAUAUUUCAGCAAUUACUAUUAUCCAUCAUUUAUAUCAUACAUCAUUAUUGUACUUUUUAUUUUUUUUUGAAAGCAAAAGUGUGACAUAUCCGUAUUUUAAUAUAAAUGUUUUUAUUACUUUAAAUAACUUAUCUGUGGGAAUAGUCCUGUCUUGCCGACUGGACAUUUAAAAUACACUGUUUAUUAACCAUUUUAAAAAUACUUUCUGCUUAUUGUUUUAAUGUUAUUCAGCUUUUCAGAUGUUCAGUGAAAAGACUCCGUUCCCAUCCCAGCACCAGAAGCUUAGCCUUGGAUGUAAAAUUCUGGACAACCUAUUAAGGGGUGGGAUUCCUUUGGUUGGCAUCACAGAGAUUGCUGGCGAGAGUUCAGCUGGUAAAACUCAAAUUGCUUUACAACUGUGCCUGUCUGUUCAGUACCCUGCGGAGUAUGGGGGGCUAGGGGCAGGUAAGUUUGAGUAUUCAUUUUAUGUCAAUCCUUUACAGUCCUUGGAGAUACUCGCUAAGUAUAUUCUGCUUGCAUUCUCUAGGUGCUGUUUACAUUUGCACAGAAGAUGCCUUUCCAAGUAAGCGACUGCACCAGCUGAUUAAAUGUCAGCAAAAGCUGAGGUCCAGUGUACCCCCUGAUAUAAUCAAGAAAAUCCAAUUCGGAGAUGGUAUUUUUAUCGAACAUGCUGCUGACAUUGUAUGUCAUCCUUCUUCAGAAUAUCAAAUAUGUUAACUAAAACUACACUUGCAUGUGUUGGAUAGAAGCUUUAUUUGACAAUUGUUCUGCAUUGUUGUAUGAAGAGAUAGUUGAACCCUUUGAUUUGUAUUUUGCGAGCUUUGUAGUUCCUGUUGCUUAUAAUUUUCCAAGUAAAGUGUUCAUUUAUCUGUGUAUUUCAUGCGGUUUCAAAAUCUUUAAGAAACCGUAAAUAAUUUUGAUACAUUUAACUCCGAAUGCUUAAAAAGCACACUAAUUCGUAAUUUCGUAUGUUCCUAUUGGUCUAACAAUUUACAAAUAUGACAUUUUCUGUUGGGGGGUGAUGGUAUUGUGGCAGCUCUAUACUUAAUCAUAAGUUUUAACAUAAUCUGUGUUUUAGCAAGGCUUAGACCAGGGCUGUCCAAUCUUUGGGGUCCAGACAGUGAAUUAUGGGACAUGUAGCCCAACUAUAAUUGGAGAGCCACUGUAAGACAGUCGUGGGAUGUUCAAAUGCAGUCUUCAUAUAUUUCCCAUAUGACUGGUUACCUCCUGGGACGAGAGCAUUUCAAGCCAGUGUGUGACGCUUCCUUAUAACUUUAAUUACUUCUUCGUACUCAAUUGUCUACGUUAACGGGUGAUAUGAAGAUUGAAAAUUUGAUUAAAGGGACACUAUAGAGAGAAGGAAAAGACUAGGUCCCAGAAAUGUGAUCUAGAGUGUGUUGAAAGGGACAAACAAAGGGUAACCCUAGAAUUGUAGACUUAUGAAAUGGAGUAGCCUAUGGACCUGAGGCCCACAGGACACAAGAAAGUCCCUAUGGGUCUGUGGUAAUAUAUAAAUUAUUAUAUAUUAAAACAAACAUAAGUACAACAUAUACACAGCGACAUGCCACAUAUACUCUCAUAAAGGAGAAGAUUGGUGGAUCAUAUGAACCUGAAUGGGUGUAUCGGAUGCAGGAGGCUACUCAAAUAAAUCACAAAAUGUUGUGCAGCCCAUGAAUUGCAUUAACUAAUCCAGCUCGUUGGAUAGGAAUAGAUAGCUAUAAUCCAUUGUAAGAUCUAGCGCUACCUAUUAUUUGCAUGAACCUCACAGGUUGCUAUAAACAGAUAAGUGAAACAAAGUAUCAACUUGUAUACAGCGUGUUAGAGAGACUAUAGUCACCAGAACUACAGCUUAAUGUAGUUGUUCUGGUGAGUAUAAUAGCUCCUUUCAGGCACCAGAGAAAAGGCAGUGUUUACAUUGCCCCUAGGGACAACUCCAAGUGGCCACUCCUUAGAUGGCCACUGGAGGGGCUUCCUAGCUCAGGGCUGAACAGUAGACGCUGAAUUUGACCAACGCUUGAGGUCCUGUUUGGCCCCACCCCGUGCCGAUUUUAGCCGAAAGCAUUGGAUUGGCUAGAAAUUAGUUUUUAUGAUGUCACAAAGUGGGUGGAGCCAGUGCCGACACACCGGCACGGAACUGGAAAUAAGAUGAGUUUUAAACUUUUAUAGGGAGGUUGAGGGUGGGGGGGGAGCCACCUGUAUGGUGGGUUUAGCACUAUAGGGUGAGGAAUACAUGUUUGUUUUUGUGAACCUAUAGUGAUUCUUUAAGCAUUUUUUUUAUAUUAUAAUUAUAUAGGUUUAUAUAUGUGUUUUUUUUUUUUUUUGUUUGUUUGUUUUUUUUAUAGGAGAUGCUUACUGAUUGCAUCACCAAAAAGGUUCCCAUUCUGCUCCUUCGCGGGGCAGUCCGCUUAAUCGUAAUAGAUUCCAUUGCUGCGUUAUUUCGCUGUGAAUUUGCGGCCAAGGAUGCGGUCCUGAAAGCAAAACAUGUUCAAACGCUGGGAGCCAAACUGCAUGAAUUAAGCAGCAGAUUUCUAACUCCUGUACUCUGCAUUAAUCAGGUAUUUAGUCUUUUACUAAUACUCCCUGACAGUAGUUGCUAUUUGUCACAGAAAAAAAUAGUUGUGUGAAUAGGCACUCUAUGAUGUACUUUCCCCAAUGUCCUUGCCUUUCAAAAUUAUCUAAAUCUACAAGAAUCUCUCCUUCCGUGUCACUUUUUACUUACCGUAAGUCAUGGUGUGUGUAGGCUAACCGCACAAAAAUUCAAAGUCGGUAGAUACUAUAUGUUUUUGAGAAUUACUAAAUCCACCUGCUGGAUGUUUGAAUAACAUUCAGCUGAAUUGGAACAGUGUGCAGAAUCUUUACAUUUUAUGCCCUAUUUAUUACAUCAAUUUAAUCUGUAUUCUCAGGAAAACAAGUCCACCAGUUUUAAAAAAGAUUCAAAGUCCUACACAAUUAGCCAAACCUUAAACGUUACUUGUCACUGCAAGCCUGGAGUAUCUAUGUUACAUAGAGUGAAUUUCUACUUGCCAGGGCUCAACUUUCACUCACUAAUGGCAAGCUGAAAUGUAGUGCAUACUUGGCUGUAGGAUUUUCAUACAUUAAAUAGCAUUCCCAUGCUUAUUAAAACCCUCUCACAAAAUGGUCUUGUCUUUUGUUUUAAUUUCCCUCCAGAUUACAGAUACAGUUGGGGACUCCGUCCAGGACAAUCUGGGGUAAGCUAUUCUGAGAUUUCCUUACACUGCGGCUGUUGCUUUCAAAUGCCAAGCUGUUAUCUGCAAAAAACCUUUAAUGAAGUUUUCAUGCUAAAAUAAGUUUUGUAGAGCACAUUUUAUCCAUGCAUUUUGCCGGCAGUAUGUAAUCUAGUUUACUUACCACUUACUCUGGGCAGGGGACAAACUCUUAAAGCUUCGAAAAUGGCCAUGGCCGGAGAUCCAUUUUAGCAGUCAUAUGAAGCAAGACAGAAACAAGCUUGAAAUAAUGGCCUUGUCAUCUAAAACACGCUGCGACUGCUUAACUAAUAAAAGAAAACUAAUUCAUUAGUUGUCCAACUCUCGAUGACCGUGAGAACUCUCACAGAAUAUCAUUGCUGUCCAAAGUUGUAAAUCUAAUCAGGAAAAUAAUUUCUGCAUUAGACAUGAUAGGUUUUAAGUGCUGAGAGAGACCUGGUUUUCUAAUAUAGUUCAAGCCAUUUGAUGCUAACUGGGGAAAUAUUGCACCAUAAUUACAAUGCAAAAAAAAUUAAAUCAUUAAAGGAGACCUUCUACAGACAAACUAUGUAAGACUGUGCUUUUUAAAAGGAUUGUCAUGUUUUUAUUAGAGAAUGCUUUUGCACCUACUUAGUAAUUCAAGCUAGACUAGCUACGCAAAAGACUAGUAAAUAUGCAAUUAGAUAUAUUGCUGUUCUCGUCCAAAGAUAGUUCAGAAUAUGUUUAUAUACACUUUGCAGUCUCUCUAAGAACAAAGUACGUUAAGUCGGCACACGCAUGCAUGGCAGAUCUUUGAGCAAUGAUUGAAAAGUAUAGGUUGGUUAUAUUUGAGUUGGUUAUCCUGGGUUGUGUUUUUAUUAAUAUGACUUGUUUUUAAAAAUGGAACUCCUCUGUGUGCCCUUGUCUUCAAAUCUGCAGGUUUUAUUGAGCAACCGCUCCUGAUGUACUUCCCGGUUUUUAAUUGUCUUUGGCCUAUUUUUGUAAGGAUGACUUUCAAACAGCCUGGAUACUGGCUCCUACAAGUUGUAUGCAGCUCGCUGCAGUGGUUUUGGUUCCUUUUUUUUAAUGUGGGGUAACCAGGUACUUCUGCCCGCUUCCACUACUGGCACCGGAGAUCCCAACCAUAAAUUUUUAUUCAGCUCGCCUGAGUUAAGCUCUUUUACUGAAGGACUAAAGGUUAUACAACAAUCCGCAGAUGCUCUCAGCAGAGCCAAGACAAAUUUCUGGUUAGGAACUUAAAGCUCACCGGUAUUAGUAGUGGAGUUGGGUAGGAAGCCAUACCAUUAUAUAAAUAAAUGUUAAAAAAAAAAAAAAUUGACUACAGUAGAGUGACGUCUGUAAGUUGUAGUGGUUAUGGUGCUUUGAGUGUUUUAACGGUUGAGUCUAUUAAAAAAAAAAAAAGCUUUUUUUUUUUUUCAUUAAGUUUAAAGGACAGAAAAGGGGCUCCAGCUCUGGGCAUCUCGUGGUCAAACCAGCUUCUGAUGAGAAUGAUCGUAACACGCACUCCAUAUGCAGCACCCCAAGAAUUUCCUGGAUGUAUCUUGCGAACCAUGGAAAUAGUUUUUGCUCCGCACAUUCCUCAGUCAUCAUGUUACUAUACAGUAGAUGUGGACGGUGUCAAAGGAAUUGACCAGCCAUUAUCUCAGUGAUCAGAAUUAAUUUGGCAAACAUCUGACUAACAAUGAAGAAACAAAAUAGUGCACUUAACCCUCCAAUUCAUUGUUUUGUCUGUGCUUAGCAUUUCAUCUGAUUUUCUCCUUGUGCACUUUCCUUAUUAUCUUUACCAUGUCUUUCCUUUUUUGGGCAUUUAAUCUUCCUCAGAGCUUUAACACCCUACAGCGUGCUCUGCCACGUUAUGACAUUGGAGUGUGUUACCUGUUCAAAUAUUGAUGAUUGCAAGAUCACAUACCUCUGUAUAUGGGGUAUACUGUCCAAAUAUAACUUUUGCUUUAAUGCCAAGAACACAUCUUACUAUUCUCUAUGCACACCUGGUCCUGACGUUGUAUAUCUGUCUUUCACAAAACGUUUCUGGUAAAGUAGGAUUCACUUUGCUUUCAUUGUACUUUUGAUCUAGGUUUCUUUAUUGAAACAAACACUGUGUACAAAUAAAAAAAAUGCUUCAUGCCAGGCUUUUCAUUUUGUAGUGUAAAUAUUUUUAACUUUUGAAUUUUGGCAAUAAUGCCUUCCCUCUUUUGCACCAGACAGCACCAAGGAGGUAGAUAUUUCAACAUGAGGAGACUUCUACAAACCUCAAAGACCCACCCCCUCCUGUGGCAAGUCCACUUUUUUGACUAAAAGGAGCUACAGGAUUAUUAAAUGUAGUUUUCAUUUAUUGACUACAGUUCGACAAUUCAUAAAGAGGUUUAAGUGAGUUUAGUUUUGUUUCCAAACAGCUGUAAACAGUCUCAUGAUGCUUGUUUUAACCCAAUUUCUUACAUUAUAUAGGCCCCCCAAUAAAGUCCUAAAUAAAAAGGGAUGGAUCUGCUUCCCAGUGACUGGGAAUAGCUGUAAUAAAGUUUAGUGUAGGGAGAGUGUCACAUUGCUAUUAAAGCCAGGGGGAGUACCCCUAUAGAUAAUGAAAAUAAACAAUACCAACAUUUAUGAAAGGAAAAGUGGAGGAAAUAUAACUUCAUGAUAGAAAAAAACCCAAAAUGUCGAAGAUUAAUCAAAGAAAAUAUACCAUAAAACCUUUAUUAGUUAUAACAACAUGUCAGGACUGUUAUAUAUGAGGGUGGCUUUGAUCUGGGGAUGAUGCUGCAGCCUUUCAAUUGACAUUUUUGACAAUCACCUCCCAUUUAUUAAUGUACUUGUGCUAUACUCUUUUUUUUCCCCUUUUUCUUAUUUUGCAUGAUUUAGUUAUCCAGUUACAGCAGUUAGGAAGGGGGGUUAGAAUUUUUUAAGGGGUGUCCAUGAAGGCACGAUAGCGGACUUUUUGCUUUAGGGGUGCCCAUGAAGGCACUAAAGGGAUAUGUCCUAACUGUAUCUAACCUUCGUUACAUGUUACUGCAUAGCUAGGAUACUCACCUCACACGCUUGGUAGAAAUUUGCGCUACAUAGAAUCCAAUUAAGAAAUUUAUUUUUCGCUGAAACGUUUUCUAAGACAUUUUUGGUGCAAACAAUUCGUUGCACUUUUUCUGGAUUUAUUUUAGCAUUAUUAACAAACGAAGUUUUAUGGCAUAUUUUCUUUGAUUAAUUUUAAACUUUUUGGGUUGCUUUCUAUCAUGAAAGUUAGAGUUUGAGUUUAUUUCCUUUAAUAUAUGUUUGUAUUGUUUAUUUCCAAAGAUUUUAAACGCUGAUGUAAAGAUGUCAGACAGCAGUUCCACUUUCAGCCACUAAUAGACAAAGACACCAUGUGAGUGCUGCAGUGGGUGAUUGUCCUUUUCAGUUUAAAUGUACUUUUUCAGGAUUGGUGGAAAAGGGAAUUUUUAAAAAAUUUUUUUUUUAAAACAAGUAAUUGUAGCAGACCAAAUCAGACCACUUCGUAUUACAACAUGC